AUGAAAUUUUUAUUUUUAUUUUUCAUUGUUUCAAAUUUUAUUAUAAAUCCAAAUGCACAAAGAAUACAAUUUAAUUUUAGUCUAGUCGAUGUUUCACCAUCUGGAAUCUAUUCAAAUGAAAAAACAGUUCUUUCACCAGACUAUCAAUCAAUCUAUUUUGUAAAUAGAACUCAUAUUACCUAUGGGGAUAUUAAUUUGUCUGUCCCAGCAGAUAAUAACCAAAUACCAGUGUUAGCCUCUUCGUUCCUAUUUGAAAAUGGUCGAUAUGAUGUGCAACCAAUUCUUUCUGUCAUUAGCCCACAAAGAGGUCUUGUCUACAUAAAUAACUAUUACUAUAUAUACCAACUAAAACCAUCUCUUCAAGAAAAUACUAGAUUUACUUUUCCAAUCAAUAUCGAUACCAAGGCGUCUGGUGUUAUUUGUGGCACAAAGUUUUUCUAUAACCACCAAGGCUUCACAAAUGGUAAAUCAGAAAUAGGUCAUAUCCCAGCUCCUCUUUCAGGGUUCGCUGAUUCAACUGGAAAUCUUCUUUUAUCAAAAACAGUUUAUAUGCUUACGGAUAGCUCAUUUUAUUUAUUCGAUGCAAAAGCUAUUAAGCUAAUCAGUCAGAUUAAUGACGGCUCAAGUAGAUUUACUGGUUCACUCGAUAAUACCAAUCAAAUAAUCUAUCUAUGCAGUAAGCCUAAUGGCGCCCAAAGCCUAUCACUUGAAGUAAUUAGCUAUACAAAAACCAAUGUAAACAUAGUAAAGUCGGUUAAAAUUACUGACACAACAUUGACAAGCUGCGAUAAUUCUGCCAUUGAUUUAGUACAAGGCCAAUUGUUUUUUUCUGCAAUGGAUUCAUCUUCAAACAAAUUCAUUCUUUCAAUGGACCUAAAUGGUAACAAUCAACAGAUUUUCAACUUAAAUUUACCAACAUCAACAUUUGUAAAUGGUUUAAAUAUUUUAAAAACUGGAAAAAUUAAUAAACUCUUGGUCCCAUCUAGUGCUGGCUUACCAUUAAAUGCUUAUACAUACAAGUCUGUUUGCGAAAAUGAUUGCAGUGGCAAUGGUGAUUGUUUAUCUAUGGUUUGUAAUUGCUACGAAGGCUAUGGUUUGUCAGAUUGUUCACAAGCCUAUCCAGUAAUCACAAGUGUUACAGGUUUACCAUAUAAAAGACCGGGCUUUAUUACAAUAUCUGGUGACCAUUUUAGACAAUCCGAUACAUCUGUUUCUAUCGAAGCUCAUCCAUGCGAAAAUGUCGUCGUUAUAGAUGCAAAAACCAUCAAAUGUAAUUUCAAAUAUGAUUUGCCAAACUUAGGAUAUCCACAACCUUCAUCUGGAUACUCUGUCUCUGUUUCUGUUGGCACCCUGUCCACCUCUUCAAAUAAAUUUAAAUAUUUAGCUCAAUCAUUAAAUGGUCAAUAUAUCCAGCAAGAUAACACCGUUACUAUCGCUGGAGAUAAUAUUAUGGAAUUUGAAUACCAAACUACUAUUAGAUUAAACGAAAUGGAUAUUAAAAGCUUUUGUUCCUGUAAUAUUAGCCAUAUAACGUGUGCGCUCCCAGAAAAUGCUGUAAAUGGUGAUUUUACAAUCAUCGAUUUAUAUCAAAACUCCAACAAAGUACCAAUAAAACUAAAUCCAAUUGUCACAUCAAUAAACCCAACAUCAAUUCCUACAAGUCAAUCUAAAAUAACAAUAAAUGGCUACUUUUUCAAUUGUGAGCAACUAGCAUCAAUUAAAAUCAUCAAUGGUGAACUAACAAGUGGUCAAACAGGUACCAUCAACUCAGCCACUCAAAUUAUUUAUAACACACCAAAUAGAAUUGUAAAAACAACAAUAUUAUCCCUUCAAACAAGCUAUUCAAUCUCAUCCUCGGUCAGCUACACCUAUCAAGAUCCAAUCAUAACAUCCUUCUUACAACCAAGUGACAAUAAUGGUCAAUUGAGACUAAUGGGCUCAAACUUUUUAAACCCUUUGGACUCUGACCUUUUAUCCAUAUCUUAUGGAAAUCCUGCAAACUCCUUAGCCUCUAGUGUUGUAUCUUUAAACUUUGAAUAUAUCGAGCUAAAAUUACCACAAGAUUUUAUUAGCACAGUAAUCACCUUGACAAUUAAUGGAAAAAGUGUAAACAAGUUUAUCAAUCUAAAACCAAUCAUUAAUGAAAUUUUACCAUUACCAUCAACAAGCGGAGGUGAUGUUACAAUUAGCGGUCUUUAUUUAGGUUCAAAAUUUUAUUUAAAUGACAAUACCAAAUUAACCAAAUGUGACUUUAAAAGUGGUAACAAAGUGAUUUGUGGCAUUCCUAGUGGCUCUGGUACUUUUAGUAUAACCUCCGAAUCGACCAACCCAAAUGAUCCCAAUGAAAGCUCUGUUAAAAGCCCAGAUUAUAAAAUGAGCUAUAUCCAACCAACCAUAUCAUCAAUUACUCCACAAGGUUUCUUUUCAGCUUUAAACAGUUUUUCAAUUACUAUUACUGGGAAAAACUUUAUUCCCACCAAAUCAUUGGUAAAUAUUUUUAUUUCCAAUAAUAUUCCAUGUAAUGUUGAUUCAUCAAGCUUUACCCAAAUAACCUGUAGCUUUACAUCAGAUAUAUUAAUCUGGCCCUCUAGAAUCCCUGUAACCGUAUCAAUUAACUCUAUAUCAAAUACAUCAGAUUCAUUAUUUUAUCAUUAUGUCCAUUGUCCUGGUUCACCUUUUGAAUGUUCCAAUAAUGGUGUAUGUGAUUUUAUAACAGGUAUUUGUAAAUGUAAUAAAGGCUUUCAAUUAAAAUCUGAUUGCUCUGCAUCCUCUAACCCAAGCUCCACAGGCAAUAAUAAUGGUAUAACAUCAAGUGAUACUACUAGUAGCAGUGGCAAUAGUAAUAACAGUAGUAGCAGUGGUAAUAGUAAUAACAGUAGUAGUGGAAAUAACAGUGGCAGUAAUAGCAAUAAUGGUGGAAAUAGUGGUAGUGGAACCCCAAACCCAACAUCUUCCUCAUCCUCAACACUUUCAUCAAAUGAAUCUAUUGAUAUAAUAUCUGCCUCAAAUACUAUCAAAUAUUCAAACCUAUUAAGCCUUAUCAUUAUUUUUAUAAUUUUCUUUUAA